GGCAGUCGUAUUCGAACCGCUUAGGGGUGUGCACGCUUCGCCGCUCACAAAAGCGCCACCGAUGUUCUAAUCUGAAAAAGUUACAAAUUUUUCACCGUUAAAAAAGUUUUGUAAUUCUCAAUUUCCAAACGAGUUCGGCGUGCUUUUCGACUAUCGGAGGAGACUGAUGAUGAGUGAACUGACUGAUGUGGGAUAGCAUUUUUAAUGACAGAAUAAUGGUGAAAUGAUUACAGUCGUCGACAGCCUUUGAAAGUGAACGCCAGAAGGACGAGCGACAGUAGAAUGAAUGCGUCUCAACUAUCAAGCGAGUUGAACACUACUAACAAUGACGUCGCAUAUCCGACCUCUGAGUGGUUCGACGCGAACUGCUCCUGGGUGGAAGUGGUAUCGUGGGGCUGCAACACUACGGUCAACAGCACAGCAAGCAACUCCACGAGCAGUGACGUCACGUCGCUCGUCCUUAUGGCUGUCACCUCUGUAGUUCUCGCUCUCAUCAUCUUAGCUACUAUCGUUGGCAAUGUUUUCGUGAUAGCCGCUAUUAUUAUCGAGAGGAAUCUUCAGAAUGUAGCUAAUUAUCUGGUCGCGUCGCUAGCGGUCGCUGACCUCAUGGUCGCGUGCUUGGUGAUGCCCUUGGGCGCUGUAUAUGAAGUUAGUCAAGGUUGGAUCCUGGGUCCCGAGCUCUGCGACAUGUGGACCUCAAGCGACGUACUCUGCAGUUCCGCAUCGAUAUUGCACCUGGUCGCUAUCGCCACUGACAGGUAUUGGGCCGUGACCGAUGUUGACUACAUCCAUAUACGUAACGAGAAACGGAUCUUCACCAUGAUUGUCCUGGUGUGGGGUGCUGCUCUCGUCGUCUCUCUGGCACCGCAGCUGGGCUGGAAGGACCCUGACUACCUGGCCAGGAUCACGCAACAGCAAAAGUGCCUUGUUAGUCAAGACUUGGCAUAUCAGAUCUUCGCCACUUGCUCCACAUUCUAUGUACCUCUUGCUGUAAUUCUGAUUCUCUACUGGAAGAUAUUUCAAACUGCAAGACGACGUAUAAGGAGAAGACGCGAACCUCCUCCCCCUCGACCCACUUCAGCUGACGGUGCUCCACCAUCAGGACGCCCAAUCCAGUCGGCGCGAGACCGGCGGUUCGUUAAGAAAAGAUUCCUGAACUUGAAGAAAUGCAAUCAGCGCACUCGUGUCGAAACUUUAGCAGCUGCGUUAUUACUGACCGAGGGUCAAAGCACUUCGACGGUUGAUACACUAGAUGAAGAGCCAAGGACCACUGCGUUUACCGUAAACGAGAAAAUGCAAUCUGUUUCCCCAGAAAAGUCUUCCUCGACGGUCACAAAUGGCUCGAAACCAGAAAAGGCGAUCGUUUCAGCUCCGACUCAUCGUGAAAAGAAGGAGUCUCUCGAAGCGAAGAGGGAGAGGAAAGCAGCGAAGACCCUUGCAAUCAUAACGGGAGCGUUUGUGUUCUGCUGGCUUCCGUUCUUCAUCAUGGCGCUGGUGAUGCCAAUCUGCCAAACGUGCGUGAUCAGCGAUUACUUGGCCAGUUUCUUCUUGUGGCUCGGCUAUUUCAACUCGACCCUGAACCCGGUUAUAUACACGAUAUUCAGUCCGGAUUUCCGUCAAGCCUUCGCUCGAAUCCUUUUCGGAACUCACAGGAGGGGACGCAACAAAAAAUUCUAACAGCGUUGCCUCUAUUACAUUUACACCUAAUCCGAUACUCGGUGGACUAUUAAUUCUUGUUGUACAAUACUUUGCUUAUGUAUAUCAUACAUACUAAUUAGUGUAAAUACGUUUAGCGGAAAAUUGUAAAUAAUCUAAAGUGUAUAUUACGUAGGUGAUGUUAAAGUUGUUUUUUUAACGCGUAAGCGUAGAAUGAAGCCGCGCCGGCAUCGCUUUUGAGUCCGGAGUGACGCCGACGCCUGCUCUUAUGUUGUUCCAAGUGACAUUACAAAAUAAAUAUUUAAAUUAUAUCAGAAA